AUAAUAAUGGGUUUAGCAGGAUGAUGAGAUGAAGCAGUGCUCUCAUCAUUUUACUGUAAAUGGUGGACUAUCCAGCACACACCAUGCCCAUUUGACUGUAAGCUGAACACACAGUACCUAACACUUCACUAACAUAUGCCAUUCUUGUGUUCUCCUCAACAUGUGUAACUGCUAUAAAUAACCUUCUGGAGUUGUUACAGUUGAUAUCAGAUCGUGUUCAAGCUUUUGAGUAAGCAAUGGCAGAGAAUGGUAAGGAGAUGUGUGUGACAGGAGGAACAGGCUUCAUUGCUGCUUAUCUCAUUCGGGCUCUGCUCAACGAGGGUUACUCUGUUCGUACUACUGUUCGCAAUCCAGAUAAUUUGGAGAAGAUAGGGUAUCUAUUGGAUCUGCCUGGUGCAAAGCAGAGGCUUAAAAUACUGAAAGCAGAUCUGGUAGACGAAGGAAGUUUUGAUGAAGCAGUAAGUGGUGUAGAUGGGGUGUUUCAUACUGCUUGCCCCGUUGUAAUACCAAAUGAUCACAAUGUCAAGGAGACCUUCCUUGAUCUGUGUGUGAAAGGCGCUCUCAAUGUCCUCAAGUCUUGUUCAAGAUCACCCUCUGUAAAGAGGGUGGUGCUUACAUCCUCUUGCUCAUCUAUCAGAUAUGACUACAAUAUUGAAGAGCUUUCUCCUUUUGAUGAGUCCCAUUGGAGCAAUCCAGAAUACUGCAAACAGUAUAAUCUUUGGUACGCAUACGCAAAAACUAUUGCUGAGAAAGAGACCUGGAAGUAUGCAGAGGAGCAGGGGCUCGAUCUGGUUGUGGUGAACCCAUCAUUUGUUGUUGGGCCAGUUCUUGCUCCUGAACCUACCAGCUCUCUUGCCUUAAUCCUGAGCAUAAUGAAAGGAGGAAACAACAAAACAUACCCAAAUUUCAGGUUUGGGUUUGUUGACAUUGAUGAUGUAAUAGCAGCACAUAUACUGGCUAUGGAGGUACCAUCAGCAUCAGGGAGAAUUAUAUGCUCUGGUGAUGUUGCUCACUGGGAAGAAAUUGGGAAGAUGCUCAAGGAAAAAUAUCCCAUGUACCCAAUUGCAGACCAAUGUGGACCAGAUCAAGGCAAUGCAACACCUCAUACAAUGAACACUGGUAAGAUUAAAAACCUUGGAUUUGGCAACUUUAAAAGCCUUGACCAGAUGUUUGAAGACUGCAUUAGAAGCUUCCAGGAGAAGGGGCUGCUGUAGCAUCUGCAUUGAAUGCCAAUAUGAACUGUAAUUAACGGCAAGUCCUCUGUACUUCAGUUUUAUUGAAAAUUUAGAUUAAUGUGUAUUGAAGCGCUGAUGAAUAAGAUGUGCAAGAUGUUUCCACUUCUUGAGAAUUUUUCUCCCAUGUCUUAUAGAUUACACAUAAAAUACACAAAUUGGAUGAUGUGUUGGGAGGUACAAGAGUUGAAUGCAUAGUGUAUAGACUCGGACUCAGCAAAAACUUCACAAGCAAUUU